AUGAUUGUCUUUGACCAAGCCAACAACAACACCGUGUCCAAUAGUACUACCUUGGCCAAUACGACAACAUGCAGUUCAACACUGUUUGAACUUCCCUAUGGUCUCAGCCGAGAAGAAAAUCCGAGUGUCCAAGAUGAGAUUUGUCCCGAUACAUGGAUCUCAUUUGCGUUCAUGAUGGCAUUCCUAGUGUUUUAUAUUCUUCUACUCUCAAUUUCAUCAUUUGGAAUUAUCUUUAAGCGAAAUUCUCGACAUGUUUCCGCAAGAAGCCUCUCUCACAUGUUCCUUACCAUGUUUUCAAGUUUUGGAAUCAUCAUGACCAUGGCCUUGAGAAUUAUUAUAGGUCGAAAGGUCUUUCCAUGUGCAUGCUAUGUAUUGGGCUUCUUUCUUGGACCAAUGACCACUCUUCCCACGACGUGUCGUUGUUUGAAAUUGUUUUUCAUGUACAAGUUGAAUUUGGCUAAAACAACACUCUUUCGAAAUUCAUCACCCGAGUUAUUGGAAGAGUAUGAGACUUCUCUAAGUAUUGUUGGAAAUGGAGAUCAAAUUGUAUUGACACCAACGAGAGAAAAAAGAAAAUCCUCUAUUCUUUCGGAGAGAGUGGAUUUAAGGCGGUUAAGUGUGAAAAUUAAUGUUUCAAGUCCAACCAACCCAACAACGCCUUUGGAGCACACUCCAACUGGUAGUCCCUCUCCAACGACGCACAAAAGUUCUGUUUUGUGUACAGAGCUCUCGUCUCCAUCCUCACCGGAAGCAAAUCAUACACUCAGUGUCAAAACUUUGCGAUUUUAUCUAUUCAUGACCAGUUACAAAUUCAUUGUCAUGGUUUAUGUCAUGGUGUUUAUUUUUCAAGUGUUGUUGUGGUUAAUAUGUGGUGGAAUUGAAGAAGCCAUAUAUGCAGCCAAUCGACAAGGAGCAAGAAUUUUUGUCAUUCCUGGUCUAUUGGAAUUUAAGACAGGAUGUGUCACUUCAACGAAUGUUUUGAUCAUUAUUUUAGUUGAAGCUGUGUUUUACAUUGCAGCAGAAGUUGUGUCGUUGAUAUUGGCCGUUCGCUCCGAUCGAGAUACUUGGAAUAUUAAGAAAGAAACAUUGGCCUAUGUGGUGAUUCAAGUAGUUACAGUAGCACUGUUUUUAAUUGCCUCUGUCAUUCCACUCUAUGCUAAAUUAGCAGAUUUCUUUAUUCCAUAUGGAUUAUUUAUUGAGAUUGGUUUGUGUUUGGAAAUUGUGGUGUGUGUACUCUUGCCAGUGAUUUAUGAUAUAAGGCAAGAUGCAUCGAAGAAUGCACAUCAGUCAAGCCAUGAGAAGAAUACAGGCGGGGAAGAAAAAGUCACCAACGUGGAACAAUUAUUGAAGGAAAAGAAAACGUUUGACAUUGUGUUGGAUUAUGCACGAAGAAGUUAUUGUCCUGAGGCUGUGUUAUGUUGGAAGGAAAUUCAGACCUUCAAAAGUACUGUGGCCAAUCUCUCAAAACGUAAAGAAAUAGCAACAACCAUAAUUGAUGCAUUUCUUAAAGUGGGAGAACCACUUGAAAUUAACAUUUCACAAAUUGAAAAGGUUAGAAAACGUUUACUUUCUGAAAUUGAAAAAGAGGAAAUUCCUAUCGAGAUGUUUCAAGAAAUUGAGACGCAUUGCUUGGCUGAUUUGAUGGACCUCUUGACGCGGUUGUGUCAUUCCAAUGAAUAUAUUCGAAAUUUGAUAGAGUGA